GCAGCUCUUUUUAAGAGAAAAGCCAGGACCAGAGAAGCAGCCACCUCCGAGCAUUGCCUUCUGCGCUGUUCCGUGGGACCGAGCUGCGGAGUCGGGCCAACAUGAGUGAGAGACAAAGUGCUGGAGCAACCAACGGGAAAGACAAGACGUCGGGAGAUAAUGAUGGGCAGAAGAAAGUCCAAGAAGAGUUUGAUAUCGACAUGGACGCUCCAGAGACAGAGCGUGCGGCUGUGGCCAUUCAGUCUCAGUUCAGAAAAUUCCAGAAGAAAAAGGCCGGGUCACAGUCCUAGUGGGGAAGCUGUUGCCUGUUCCACCUGAAGACUCCACGUUCAACACCGCCCAUCAAGAAACGAAGAGAACAAUACCCUAGAGGAAGCCAUCCACACUCAGCCUCGCUGCUGCACACCUAAAAUGCAUGUCCAGAGCCCAUAGUAUUUAUGGCCGUAGAGGCAGGGUACACAGUGAAACUGUGAGUAGUGUAAUCUAUCUCCAUUACAUUUCCUCUGCAACUAUUUUCCCUGAUGUUGUAAUAAAAAGGAGGUUAGAU